CACUACAAAUCUACUUCCUCCAUGUGCGAAUGUUUACUACGGUAGCUCGAGGUCUGCAGUUUCAUGUCACAGGCCAGAUUAGAAGGUGUGUGACAAUGUCGGCAAUAGAGGCAGGGAAAAAGGCUGCAGCCUUUGCUGCCGUUGACGAACACAUUAAGAAUAACCAAAAGGUUGGUAUUGGAAGUGGAUCUACUGUUGUGUAUGCUGUUCAAAGGCUUGCUGAGAGAAUACAAAAAGAGAACUUGAACAUCAUCUGUGUGCCAACCUCUUUCCAGGCUAACCAACUAAUUCAGGAGCACAAUCUAAAUCUGGGAACUUUAGAGACUUAUCCAAAGUUGGAUGUAGCAAUCGAUGGUGCAGAUGAAACUGACAAAAAUCUAACAUGUAUUAAAGGGGGAGGAGGUUGCCAAACUCAGGAGAAAAUUGUGGCUUCAUGUGCCAAGGAACUCAUCAUUAUUGCAGAUGACAGGAAAGACUCACAAGUUUUGGGUACAACUUACAAGAAAGGAAUUCCAAUAGAGGUUAUCCCUAUGUCAUACAAACCAGUACAGAUCAAAAUACAGGAGCUGUUCGGGGGUGAAGUGAUGCUAAGGAUGGCCCAACAGAAAGCAGGCCCAGUGGUAACAGACAAUGGUAACUUUGUGUUAGACUGGAAGUUCUCCAAGGCAUGUGAUGACUGGGACAAAUGUAAUACUACUAUUAAAAUGAUUCCAGGUGUGGUUGAAACUGGUCUUUUCAUCAAUAUGGCCAAGGUGGCUUAUUUUGGAACAGCAGAUGGAAAAGUAACCAAGAGAUCUGUGUGAUAUGCACAACUUCUACACAAAAAAAAACUUAUAUUGCUUACGUAUAUCUAGGAAUGUGUGAAGAAAAGUAAAGGCAGUUCAUUCCUUUUUUUUCGUAUACUUUAUUUACGGUAGCUACGCAUGAUUUCAAGAAAUAUGACAUAACUUGAAGUGUUGACUGAUUACAUAUAUGUUUGAAUAAGAUUUAUGUAAAGUUGAAUAUAAACUUUAAUUCUUGAAAACUACUACACAGAAUCUCAUGACAAACCUUUAGUAGACUAUAUAUGCUUGCUGAUUUGCCCUUCAUGUAUAAUUUACAUAUGCAUUGAAUUAAAUGUUGUCAAAUUAUCAUUAACAUCUUGUUCUAUGUAAAUCUGGGCAAUUACUGUUAGUGCUACAUUCACAGAUAAAUUUAAGAAUGUAGUAUCAUUUUCAUAUGAUUAUUGAUUGAUUAUUCAAGAGGUAUAUAUCCUCAUAUGUUUCAAAGCAUUUGUAUUGAAAAUAAAAAUAUAAUUGUA